AGCUGAAGGCGUUUGCAGGGCGAGAUGCUGCUGAUGCUCCGGCUGUCUGAGCUCCAUGUCACCUCCAGGGCCCAGUGAAGAAGACAAGACUGCAGGUGUGCCGGGGAGAUUCAACACAACAACCUGAGGAACCUUUUUACCCUGUUCUCCUCAUCACCAGUUGCAUUUUAGGGAAAAACAAUGGGGACUGCGUUGUGUCAACUGGCUGCCCAGUGCUUUCUCUUAGGAGUGCUGCUCUCUGCGGUGGACAGUAAAGGAACCUUCUAUGGAGGCCAUGUCAACCCGUUCUAUGGAAACAGAUACAACCUGUUCAAGGCUGGACACAACCCUCACCAUUCACCAAACAAGCCAAUGACCCGUCACAAAAACCACUGUGCCUACGUGGUCCAUAAGAACAUCACAUGCACCAUGCAGGAUGGAGUGUCCACCUACGUGAAGGCCGAGUACACCACCAAGUGCAUCUGGGGUCAGAAGUGUCCUGUUGUUGUGUACAGGACUUUCUACAAGCCAAAGUACAAGGUGGGUUUUAAGUCAGUGACAGAGCUGGAGUGGAGGUGCUGCCCCGGGUACUCUGGAGAGCAGUGCUAUGAUGGACCCACGUCAUCGCCCGACGCCAUGAUACCACCUUUCAGGGGUGCUGGUUUGCCCCAUCGUCCAGGGGUGAAAGGCUUCCCUCACGGGCCGAGACCUCCUGUGGACAAGAGGCCUGGAGGAGGCCAGUUGGAGCCAGGCAAACCUUUUCCCAGUGUGCCUGACCACAGACCAAUACCAACAGGACAGCUGCCUGGUGGAGGCGGAACACCAAACUAUGGAAACAGAUUUGGGAUUUCUGGUGUGACUGGUGAACGCUUGGACCGUAUGGAGGAGGACAUGCGGCGCCUCACCCAGGGUCUGGACACGCUCAACGGGGUGGUGGCCGGCCUCGAGGACCGGCUGCGCACGUCCCUCCGAGAAGAUACCAACAAGAUCCUGGUGUCUCUGCUGCCCAGCGGUCCCCGCCUGCCUGGCUCCACCGUGGGAUUUGGGGUGAUCCCCGAUGGGACUCCUGAUGGACUGGAGGGAGGAGAAGGCUUCCCUGGAGUUGGAGACUUGGCAGGGAGAGUGACAGAAGUGAGCGACGAGCUGCGGGCCAAGGCUCACAUCUUAGAGGAGAUCCAGGGGAUGGUCCUGGGACAUGAUGGCCAGCUGAAGAGGCUGCUGGACGGGGCGAGAGGCAAUCCCAUCCCAGGCCCUGGCUCCAACGCUUACCUUGACGAGAUCGUGGACACCAAGAUGGCUGGCGUGCGGGCUGAGAUCCUGGACGGCUUCGAGAGUCGUCUGAGCGGUCUGGAGAACCACUGCAACAAGAAGAUCGGGGAGGUGCAGGAGCAGUGCCACCUGGAGCACAUGGACGGCCAGGAGCAGAUGCAGCAGACUCUGGACGGAAGAGAGACGGGGAUCAGGGAGGAGUUGGGCUCCUUGCAGACUCAGAUCCAGGGUCUAACUCUGACGGAGAGCUGCUGUGGACAGGUAAACAGUUUAUCAAAGCGUGUGCUGCUCUUGGAGGAGUCAGUGAAAGGUCUGACUGAGUCUCAGCGUCUGCUCCAGACUGCCCUCACCGACCAGAGCAUCCACGUGGAGACGCUGAUCGAGACGCACCUGCUGGACAUCGAGGGUCGUCUGAACGCCACAGACGGUGGACUGGAUGGAGCUGGGGGGCUCCCAGGUGGUCUGGAUGGCUUCAAGACCAUGCUGGAGGAUAAGCUGAAGACCCUGGAGGAGAGGGUGUUCGUGGCCGUGGAGGAGCUGAGCAAUGCCACAGCCCCUGCUCUCCUGGAGGGCCAGGUGGUCCCAGCGCUGGAGACGGAGAUCGAGUCUGUGAGGAGGAGAGUGGAGGGAGACCUGGACGGCAUUCAGAAGCAGCUGAUAGACCUGGAGCUCCUCUGCACCUCCUCCUGCUCGCCCUCCACCCCACCAGCAGGAGGUGUCAGCAUCACCGAGGUGGAAGAGGAUUGUGAGGGGAUGGAGAAAAAGAUGACAGACCGCCUGGACUCCCAAUCCACCCAGCUGAACCGCCUGAACAACACCAUUCAGAACCUGCUCUUCAGGAUUGCACAGGAGGACGCAGAGGGCAUGGUCCAGGGCGAGAUCACCCUGCUGAAGGUCAACAUCAACUCGGUGAACCGCACGCUGAAGGGCCUGAAGGACUCUAUUAGCUUCAUUUCAAGUGAAGUGGGCCACGCCAACUCUAGCUGGGAUCAGAGAGAGCACCAGAUAAUCAACCAGGUCCAGGGGAUCACCAAACUUGUGGGCCACCAGGCCUCCAUCCUCGGGGCCGGGGAGAGGCGACUGGCCCAGCUGAAGGGAGAACUGGUGACCUUGAAGAGAAGGCUGUCCGGGGAGCUGCAGGGCUGCAGGAGCACGGCGAUAGAAGUGCAGAGAGAGGUGAAGGACUUUGACAGCAGGGUGAGCCAUGUGGAGGGCCAGUGCAGCAGCAUGGGAGAACUGGCGGAGCAGCUGGAGAGGAUCCGGGCGGAGCUGGAGAGACACUCGGACUCGUACCUGGCCGAGGUCAAUGGGACCCUGGCCGUCCACUCAGAACAGCUAGCAGAGCUGAAGGGAGAGGUCAAAGACUGCGUGGCCAAGGAGGCGGCAAACCAAAAAGAAGACCAGUAGCAUCUGAGCUACAGAUUAUUAUUAUUAUUUUUUUUUUUUUUACAAGGAGACUUAAUGUGUGCUUCUCGUUAGGCUGAUUCUCUCUUGUCGUUUUCAAAUCCCAUCUGCGCAGCUGCAAAUGAACUGAACCGGUGAAAGAGAUUUCCCAUAAGCACCCCCAGCCCAGUGCCUCCAGAUGUCCUGGGUAUUUAGUUUAGCGAAGUGAGGAGGAGCAGACGCAGAAUUACAAAGACACACAUAUGGUUGUAUAGCUGGGCAAUAUUGUCCCUUGAGAUUUUAUUCAAUAGGGCAUUUGGUUUUUUCAGAUCAUGAUUGUUUCGUUUUCAUAUUUUACCUUUUUUCUUAACUUAUAUGAAGUGACUGCAUUGAUUUGAUGUAAACUGUUUGUAUAACAGAAUUAAUAGCAGAACAAAGUGAAUGAUAUGGGACUGAUACGCUGCUACGGGUUUCUGCUGACCAGCACAUCCAACAUCCUCUGUGCGGACUCUUGUCUGGCCCUUUUUCAAGAAUACUGUAUCAACUUGGUGCUAUUUAGUUUUUUUUUGUAAACUCCACUUUUACACAUGGUAUAAAAAUGGUAUAUGUGUUUCUGUUUUGACAGUUUUGUUUCCUGCCACAUUUCUCCAGGUUUCAGAGAAGUUCCAUAAUUCACCAUUGGGGGACUGUGACGAAACGUUACAUGGCAUGGUAGAUGGAAAAUGAAUAAAAUCUAAAACCCCUCGAGGGCUGUGUGUAGAA